AUGGCGGAGACGUCGUCGUUUUUUCCGACUGCCGGACGCAGAGAUGGCGUGGCGGCGGCACCUUCGCCUUCGCCUGACGGCGCAGCAGCUGACUCUCGGCCCCCCCUAUCGAAGGAUCAACGGCCGCUUGCUAUCAGGGCGAGCCGACGACAGACCAUGGCAGCCACCACUUGUGGAAUCUGUCUGGAGACUGUGGACGAUCAGGGCUUCCUGCUGAAGCGGGCUGCGUGCGGCGUGCUCGCUCCCGCGUGCGCCCACGCCUACUGCUUCGCGUGCAUCAGCAUCUGGUCGGAGAGGACGAACACGUGCCCCCUGUGCAAGGAGCGCUUCAACGCGAUCCGUAACGGCGGCGGCAGCAAGUCCGGCAUCAGGCUUGCCGCCGGCGAGAUAGUUGAGGUGCAGGAGCGAGAUCAGGCCGCGGAUUGCUCGUCGGACGAAGACCUGGCCGCCGCCCUUGCUACCCAAGAUAGCGGCACUAGCAGUAGCGAACAGGACGAUGGCGCAGCCGGGCGGGUUGGCCCUCACGGCUACAUCUCGGACGGAUUUCUGGUCGCCGACGGUUCAGGCGAGAGCGAGGAGGAGGAGGAGGAGGAGGGAGAGGACGAGGAAUCGUGGGAAGAGCUGUCUGAUCUCAGGCAACCGGAGAGAAGAAGAAGUGCGCCAAGCAGGCGACAACCCGCUACUACUCGACGUGGCAGCGGUGGCGGUAGCGAUGACGUCAUUGGCGCUCCCCAACGGAGAUCUCGCAAUCCAGACGGUCGGGGCAGCGCGGGCGGCGAGCUAAGGCACUCUUCCAUGUCAUCAUUUGUUCGUGGAAGGGGAGGACCGGCCGCUUGGGCGGGUAGGGGUGCGGCGGAGAGACCGCCGCGGAGAAGAAGGGCCGGCGUUGGCGAUGUGGACGGUGGAAUGUUGCCCAACGAGUUGCGGCAGCUUCAGGAAGAAGCAGGCCCUCACAUCGCCAAGCGCGAAGCGCCGUGA